AUGCCAGAAAAAGGAGACGACCGUGCCGCCCUCGUCAACAGGCAGUUGCCCGAAAUGACCCUUUCAACAGCCGACAAUCCACUGACUGCGCCCCGCCCGCCGCCAGAAGACUUGGCUCCCGCCCAAAGAGCGCACUACAGGUUCCAAGUCAAGGGCAAUGCGAUUAUAACUGGCGGAGCUGGCACCCUCGCCCUAGAAGCUGCCCAGGCCCUGCUCGAACACGGCGCGACGGGCCUCGCACUCUGGGAUAUGAACCCGGACCAAGCAUUUGAGAGCGUGAAGAAACUACAUGCCAAAUUCCCCACGGCCCGCAUCAUGACCGAGGCCGUCGAUGUGCGCGACGAAUCCGCCAUUGCCUCUGCUCUGGAAAGCAGCGUCAAGGUCCUCGGCUCCAUCGACAUGCUCUGCUGCUUCGCCGGCGUCGUAGGCUGCACCCACGCCAUUGAAAUGGCCGCUGACGAGUGGCGCCGGACCCACGAUGUCAAUCUCACUGGCUCUUUUCUCUGCGCCCAGGCUGUCGCAAAGCAACUGCGGGCUCAAGGCACUGGCGGCAGUAUCACAUUCACGGCCAGCAUCUCGGCCCACCACACAAACUACCCGCAGCCGCAGUGCGCAUACAACUCUUCAAAGACGGCGCUGCUUUCACUCGCAAAGAGCUUGGCGGCUGAGUGGAGUAGUUAUGGUAUCAGAGUCAACUGCUUGAGUCCAGGGUACAUGGACACGAUUCUGAACGAGGGCGAUGGUCUCAUUAGAGCGCGCAAGAGCUGGAACGACAGAAACCCCAUGGGCAGGAUGGGCCAUCCCUGGGAGAUUACAGGGCCGCUGGUGCUGCUGUGUAGUAAUGCUGGCCGGUAUAUAAACGGAACGGAUAUCAUUGUCGAUGGUGGUGCCAUGGUGUUUUGA